AUAACAGUAAGAACAAAGUUUAACGUGGCACUAUUUCUCUCAUUGUUUUUUCCAAACCAGAUAGUUCACUCUCAAUAGUUUACUGUGUUUAAUUAGAAUCUUCUCUCGAUAUGAAGCUCUUACUCGUGCUAAGUGUAUUGAUAAUGAUAUGCGCAUCACUUUCUGUACCAUUGGGGGAUGGGCUAGAGUACCUAGACGAACGGGAGGACAGCACGGAGGAACAAAGGUAUGGAAAUGAAGACGCUUCCGAAGAGGUGGAUCCGUCCGAGGAGAUGGAUGAUGAUGUGGAACCUGCUACUUGUACUACUGACAGGUGUGUUCAGGAUACUGGAAGGGCCAUGUGGCUGGAAACAGGCCAGACUAUCGAGUCGAGCAAGAUCCGAGCGUUUAUGCAGACUGAUGGUAAUUUAGUGGUAUACUGUAAAAGUUGGUGCCCCUGCGCAAGAAAGCCUGUUUGGGCCUCUAAUACUUCCAGUACGCUGAUAGAUACAGGACUGAAGAUUGAGAAAGAUGGAGACUUGGUGCUCUACGACACAAAAGGGGACGCAGUGUGGCAGAGUGGUACACAUGUGAGAGGAGGGAAGUUUACCCUAGUGGCCCAGGAGGAUAGCAACCUGGUGCUGUACUCGGAGAAGGGUGGAGAGAAGACACAGAUCUGGGAUUCUGGUACUAAGGGUAGGUGUUAUUUUGGACCAUAACACCCAUAGGGAGUGUUGUUGGGAUGAUAACAUCCAUAGGGAGUGUUGUUGGGAUGAUAACACCAACGGAAAAGGUUGUGGCAGAAAAUACACUUUUGAACAUACUUUGGUUUUGUGAAGAGAUUAAAGAUUGGAACACUUCCAAGGGAUUCAAGGAAGUGGAGGGAUAGUGAUUGCAUUAAAAACUGGUUGGAGG